AUGGCACUCGUUCCAGACGUCACCGUGUCCAUUGUGUUCGGGGUCUUCAUGGCCCUCGUGGCCCUUCUGGGAUUGUGGCAGGUCGCAUAUUACGCUGCACGUGGUCGUCGAGCUUUGAACUGGAAGCAUGACUCCGAGGGUGGCGCCAAUGUACAACACUCCCUUUCCCUCGGCGUCAGUGAAGGACGUCUGCGGGCGCCCAUCUUUCUCAACGAUUGA